AUGGCGACUCCGAUGGUUGAAGACACCUCAAGCUUCGAAGAGGAUCAGCUCGCUUCUAUGUCCACCGAAGACAUCACCAGAGCUACUCGUCUCCUCGAUAACGAGAUUCGUAUUCUCAAGGAAGAUGCACAAAGAACAAAUCUAGAAUGUGAUUCUUACAAGGAGAAGAUAAAGGAGAAUCAGGAGAAGAUUAAACUCAACAAGCAGCUUCCUUACUUGGUUGGCAACAUUGUAGAGAUCUUGGAGAUGAAUCCAGAAGAUGAUGCUGAGGAAGACGGUGCGAAUAUCGAUCUUGACUCGCAACGCAAGGGAAAAUGUGUUGUGUUGAAAACAUCUACACGACAGACCAUCUUUCUACCAGUUGUUGGACUCGUGGAUCCUGAUAGUUUGAAACCUGGUGACUUGGUUGGAGUUAAUAAAGAUAGCUACUUGAUUUUGGAUACCUUGCCAUCAGAGUACGACUCUAGAGUUAAAGCCAUGGAGGUUGAUGAAAAACCAACUGAGGAUUACAAUGACAUAGGAGGACUGGAGAAGCAGAUACAAGAGCUUGUUGAGGCAAUUGUUCUCCCUAUGACCCAUAAGGAGCGUUUUGACAAGCUUGGUGUUCGUCCACCGAAAGGAGUGCUCUUGUAUGGUCCUCCAGGGACUGGUAAAACUUUAAUGGCUCGUGCCUGUGCAGCACAGACCAAUGCCACCUUCCUCAAAUUGGCAGGUCCUCAACUAGUCCAGAUGUUCAUUGGAGACGGAGCAAAACUUGUUCGUGAUGCCUUUCAACUUGCAAAAGAGAAAGCUCCAUGCAUCAUCUUCAUAGAUGAAAUCGAUGCAAUUGGUACAAAGCGUUUCGACAGUGAAGUAAGCGGAGACAGGGAAGUACAGAGAACUAUGUUGGAGUUACUCAAUCAGCUUGACGGAUUUAGUAGCGAUGAACGUAUUAAGGUGAUUGCAGCGACUAACCGUGCAGAUAUUCUGGACCCAGCGCUCAUGCGUUCUGGUCGUUUAGACAGAAAGAUCGAGUUCCCACAUCCAACAGAAGAAGCAAGAGCCAGAAUCUUACAGAUUCACUCGAGGAAGAUGAAUGUCCACCCAGACGUCAACUUUGAGGAGCUUGCAAGAUCGACGGAUGAUUUCAACGGAGCUCAGCUGAAAGCAGUGUGUGUAGAGGCAGGCAUGUUAGCUCUUCGCCGCGAUGCCACAGAAGUGAACCAUGAGGACUUUAAUGAAGGUAUCAUCCAAGUCCAGGCCAAGAAGAAAGCAAGCCUCAACUACUACGCCUAA